UUAUAUUGCUUGCUGAACCAUGAGGUCCGUUGAUCGCCCACCAUCUAGUGCAAAAAGAUUAACGAUUGAGUCAAGUCAGGAGGUGUUUUUUGUUGACAUUUCAAGACGAACACGAUCUAGCAGCUCAGCCCAACAUGCUGAUAAUCCCCAUAACUAGCAACAGAUUGAUCCUCAGCCAACACCAGUUACUCGUGUUCGUAGAAAGGCACUAGCUUGUCGUGUCAAAAAAAUCCUCCUACAGCUCCAUCCUCAUUGUCUGACGAUGAUUUCAUGGAUGCUCCAACAUUGAAGCGCAAUUUCAGAUCAGCUGCACCCUCCACUUCAGAAAAUAAUCGUUCAAAGAAGAUAAAAGUCCCUUCCCCACAAGUCCUGAUUGUGUCAAGCAGAUCAAAGACUAAUAAUGAUGUCAAGUCAAAGAUCAUUAUGAACACAAGCUCACCCAAACAGAGGACACCCAGAAAAUCCCAGAAAUUGAAUAUCCGUUGCAUCCCCUAUGAUGUCAUUGUGUCAUCUUGGAUAAUGAGCGAUCGACAGCGUGAUGCUGUUGCUAGGUUGGGAUUUCAAAGUAUAUUUGAUUUGCGUACCGAUGUGUUAGAGAGCAGGUCUCUCAUAAGGUGGUUGAUGGAUAAGCUGGAUCCAGAUGACAUGACAAUACGCCCAGGGGCUGGUAAAGAACUCAAGAUCACAAAAGAGACGGUUUGUCGAUUGCCAAGUGCUGGAGGUGGCAGGGAGUUCACUUGGUAUGGUGAAAUUGACGCUGCUUCAAAACUGAGACGGGAUCUCAACAUUUGUAAAGAAGAGUUUGAUAUUGUUAAGCUACAGGACAAGCUAGUUAUUGGGAAUGAUGAUGAGUUAUCCAUCAGAUGUUUUUUCUGAUUUUAUUCAAUUGACUUCUAUUCCCAUCUGCUUCAUGGGGUAUUACUAACAACGAGGUCCUAAUGACAACAAACAUGGACCGGAUGGCUGAGAUUGAUUGGUGUCAACUAGUAUAUACUGAUUUGUGUGAUGCUGCCAGUUGUUGGCACAAGAGGAAUAGAACAAACAUUACUGCAACAGUAUAUGG